CCUCCACACGGAACCGAACAGUCUCUCUCUCCCCUCUACCAACCUCCUCCGUGCGCAGUGUCUCUGGACCAGUCCUGGAGUUCCCUCCCCCGUCCUGCCUCCACCGUCUGGACUCCUCGCGUUCGCCGCGGCGUCAACUCGGCUUCCUUCCCGCGGCCUCUCCGCCUCCGCCUCCCAGAUCCGGCGCCCAUGGCGCGGAACCCGGGCUGCACCGUCUUCAUAGGUAACUUGGAUGACAGGGUUCCUGAGAGGGUUCUGUAUGAGAUUCUUGUUCAGGUAGGUCGAGUUGUAGACCUACACAUACCUCGUGACAAGGAAACUAGUCGGCAAAAAGGUUAUGCUUUUGCUGAGUAUGAAUCAGAGGAGAUUGCCCAGUAUGCUGUUAAGCUAUUUUCUGGCCUUGUUCGACUUCAUAAUAAAACGCUUAGAUUUGCGGUGCGUUUCUUUUUGCUCUCCCAUUUCAUAUAAGUUUUUGUAGUAUAGCUGAACUGUCGAAUGUGAUUGUUUUUUCAUGGUAUAUAUCUGUUAUGCACUGAACAUUAACUGUGUAUGUGUUGGGCCUCAAACUUUGCCCAACCCAAGUUGAGGUUCUUGCUCUUACUAUAUUUCUGAAUAUUAGCAAAAGACGAAGCUCUGAAAUUGUUGUAUUGUUUGGACAGAUCUCUGGGCAAGACAAACCCUCAUCAAAUGCCAAUAUGCCUGUAACUCCUAGGUUAAACCCUGUACCAACACCAAAGCCUCCUCAUCUUAUGAGGUCUAGUGAUACUCCCGCAUCACAGCAAACAGUAGUGAAUGGCAGGAUUGCAGGGUAUGGUAUCUCACCAAGUCAUUCAUAUGACACACAUUCUCAAGCCCCAUCAAGUGGGUUACCAAGUGGAGGACUAAGCAAUGGUACGUAUGAGUACAGUAGACGUGUAUUGGGUUCUGUUCUGAAUGACGCUAGCCGUCGAGGUACCAGGGAACCAGUUCCAUACCCAUCCUACUAGCAUGUUGAGGUCCAGUGACGGUAACUUGAUAUGCUGACGGAAUAGGCCGCUGAAGCCAUUGUCUGUUGUCUCAGCCAUCUAUAAGGUUAUCUCUGUACUCACCAUUCCAUGCCUGUAAAUAUGGGUUAUGGUGGUAGGGCUAUGCUUAUCUUUUGGGUUGUUCUGUUAUGCUUUACAUUGUAGUGAGAGUUGUCGCUGCUGAGGUUAGGUUCCAUCUCAUGCCCUAGUGAUCAAGGUCUUGCCUCCGCGAAUGCGAUUGUACUUGGACUUACCAUGUCUAGUUACAUGAAUGGGUGGCAAAACUUUGCAAUUGCUGUUUACAUUGAAAGUCGCUAGCUGUUCCUCGUGUUAUAGGAGCGUGUUUGUGUUUAAGAUAUGAGUAUUUGGUGGAUUUUGUUUAUCACCCCUGUUGAAUCUGUAUUAUGUUGGACAUGAGAAGGGGAAAUGUUGUUUAAAAGAAAAGAAAUCUGCCCUCAAAUUAUGGUGUUUAUUUAUAUGAAUAUUUGGUUUAUAUAUGACUUGUUUGCUUGAGCUGUCUGUCCGUGGCAGCAACAGGCUUUCAUAAAUCCACAACAGGCUUUUGAGUCUUGAGUUAUCAGGCCAUACCCUUCUCUGUUACAUGGCUGCUGUAUUUACAAGUUGAUCUGUUGUCACUUACAAGUUCAGUAGCAUGGAUGUUAUUACUGCUGGACUUUCACUUCACUUAUGAAUUUUCUAGCCAUUGCAUUGUUCCAAUGGCACUGCAUUCUCUGAGUCACAAUCUUGCUGGUGACUCUGCAUUGCUGAUGAAGAUGGGUCAGAUGCUGUUCAUUUAUCAUCAAGUUGUAUUUGGAAGCUCCAUGCCUUUGGUCGUGAGUUCGACCACAUGGAAUUUGAAAGGAAAUCUGUCCCGUUGGAGCUCCAAAUUGCAGGCUAGUAGAUUUUCUAAGGCUUGAAGAAUUCGUGAUACUGGAGAUCAGCCUAUGAGAUCAAUUUGGAUUCAAGUAUGGCAGUUGCACAAUGCUAUGGCAUAAUGAUACUACCUGAUGGUGUAACUAUACCCCUUGCAACCACCAAGUUCAUUUGAACCUUCGUGUCGACCAGCUGCUGGGGCUGCUCUGCUACCUGCAAUUUGGAGAUUGGUGUCACCGUUCUCCACUACCACGCCCCACGGCCAAGUUUGCUGCCAGUGAGCUGAGACCUUUAACACAUUCAUUGGCAAUGUUGGCGCCGGGCUGCACUUCAUUGACUGCAUUGAACCUUGGUAAUGAAUUGGUACACCUUGCCGUGUGCCUGGUAUUAUUAAUCCUCAAAGCUUCCAAAUAUGCAGAGGAUUUUAUGUAGUGUGCUUUGUAAGUUAUUUAUUGCUAACACUGCAUUUACCAUCAAAAUCAGAUGUUUGACUGUCUGACUUGCUAUGUAAAGUAAUUGUAAAUUUCACAGUAGUGCGAUGUCCCUGGAGGCUUCUUUCUCUGAUUAUUCUGCCGACUCAGUUUCACCUGCGUCGAUUGGGUCCUCUGGAAAUGCUCAACCGUUUUUCCAGUUUACUCUGAUGCACUGUGUCACCGCAGAAGCACGGCCCAUGGAAGAGUACUUGCAAGGCAUUCGAUCGCGAGACGAACCAUCGAUCAUGACACGCAUGAGCUGCCUGAGUUCUCACUAAGUCCUCACGCCAACUGCCUUGCCAACUGAACCGCUUCGCCCUGGGGGGAUCGGGACUUCGGGAGGCAGGUAGCCAGCGUGUUCAGCGCGCGGUGAUCCGAGAGCCUGCCCCGCCCCCCUCGCUCGGCUUCCGGCAGGUGCUCGGAUCCGCCGCGCGCUCACGAGCUCUGAGCUUUAUAGAGCACCCGGGAACGUCGCCGCCACAGCCAUGGCGCUGACCGAGAGGCAGCCGCAGCCGGAGAAGGAGAAGGCGACGCUGCGGGCGAGGCCGAUGUCGGGGAAGGCCGUUGUCAUGCUGUGCGCCACCAGCUUCUUCGUCGGGCUGCUGCUCAGCGGCCGUACGGGGCUUCUGACCCCGCCGUCGAGCGACCCCUCCGGUCACGGCUCCAGGAUCCGUCUCUUCGAGGACGACUGCGACCAAAGCAGGCGUAAGCUGGAGGGCAAACCGGACGACAUCAUGAAGGAGGUGUCAAGAACGCACCAGGCGAUCCAGUCCCUGGACAAGUCGGUCUCGUCGCUGGAGAUGGAGCUGGCCGUGGAGCGCGCCAGGCGGAACGGCGGGCUGGGCUUGGCGGCGCCGUCGCGGGGCCUCCCGAAGGCGUUCGCGGUGGUCGGCAUCAACACGGCCUUCAGCAGCAAGCGGCGUCGCGACGCGCUGCGGGACACCUGGGUGCCCCGGGGCGGCGCGCUGCGGCGGCUGGAGAAGGACAGGGGCGUCGUGGUCCGUUUCGUGAUCGGGCGCAGAGCGACGCCCGGCGGCGCGCUGGACCGCGCCGUCGACGCGGAGGCCGCGGCCACGGGGGACUUCCUGCGGCUGGCGGACCACGUGGAGGGCUACCACGAGCUGUCCGCCAAGACGCGGGCCUACUUCGCCGCCGCCGUCGCCGCCUGGGACGCCGACUUCUACGUCAAGGUCGACGACGACGUGCACGUCAACCUGGGGAUGCUGGCGGCCAGGCUCGCCGCGCACCGGGCCAGGCCCAGGGUCUACGUCGGCUGCAUGAAGUCCGGCCCCGUCCUCUCGCAGAAGGGCGUGAAGUACCACGAGCCGGAGUACUGGAAGUUCGGCGACGAGGGGAACAAGUACUUCCGCCACGCCACGGGCCAGAUCUACGCCAUCUCCAGGGACCUCGCCUCCUACAUCUCCAUCAACCAGCCGAUCCUGCACCGGUUCGCGAACGAGGACGUGUCGCUCGGCGCCUGGCUCCUCGGGCUGGAGGUCGAGCACGUCGACGACCGCAGCCUCUGCUGCGCCACGCCGCCAGACUGCGAGUGGAAGAAGCAGGCCGGGAACGUGUGCGCGGCGUCCUUCGACUGGUCGUGCAGCGGCAUCUGCAAGUCGGCGGAGAGGAUGAGGGCCAUCCACAGCGCCUGCGGCGAGGGCGACGGCGCCGUCUGGAGCGCCGCCGCCGCCGUCUGAUCCCGUCCCCGAUGGACGAUGGUCCUGCUCCACCAACUGUGCAUGAUGAGCACCAGCUACACCCUUUUUGGAAAGUCUUUCUUCUUUUUGUUCAGUCCAUCUAGAAUUUUCUGGAACUCCCGGGCGGAGGAAGCCAUGGGGCGCUGUCUGAGAAUUCAGGAUCGCGUACGGUACGGUCUCAUCAUGUGCUAGGCAACAGACACAGGUGGUGGUUGCAUCA